AUGGCUACAGUGGAUGGUUCUGGUUACGAAGCACGACGUUUCCAGCGUGAGAAGAAGAACACUCAGCUGAACUAUAUGUACGCCACGCUGGGCAUGGAGCCGGACGACAGCAGCGACGACGACUUCGUUUGUGAUGAAGACGAGGACACAGGAGAGGAGGAUGACGACGUUUUGGAAGAAUAA